AUGGGUUCCUUUAAGUUGGAGGUUUUCGAUGCCAAAAAUACUAAGAAGCUUAUCGCUACUUUGACCAAUUUGGACAUCAAUGACACCAUUCUUACUGUUAAGAAGAGCAUUCAGAAAGAAAAGCCUCGUCUUACUGUCGAGAGACAAGCCUUGAGAACUGAUGCUAAGGGAAAGGCUGUUGCUGAUGAUAAGAAGCUCUCUGAACUCGGACUUUCUCAACAAAAUGGGCAACUCUUCCUCCGUGACUUAGGACCACAAGUCGCUUGGAAAACAGUCUUCCUUACCGAGUAUGCUGGACCCUUCUUCAUCUAUCCCAUCUUCUACUUCCGUCCCUCUUUCAUCUAUGGAUCUGAAGCCUCCAAAGCCCCCAUUGCUGAUGUUGUCACCUAUGCCUGCAUUUGCUGGAGCAUUCACUACGCCAAGAGAUUAUUCGAAACUCAAUUCAUUCACCGAUUCUCCAAUGGAACUAUGCCAAGAUUCAACCUCUUCAAGAACUGCUCUUACUACUGGGGAUUCUGUGCUUUCGUCUCCUACUUCGUCAACCAUCCUUUCUACAGCCCACCAAUUUUCGGAAAAACUCAAAUUUACCUUGGACUUGUUGGUUUCUUGAUUGCUGAAUUCGGAAAUCUCUCUAUCCACAUCCUUCUCCGUAACCUUAGACCAGCUGGAACUCGCGAACGUAAAAUUCCAAAACCUGACGGAAACCCAAUGAGCCGUCUCUUCAAAUACGUUUCCUGCCCCAACUACACUUAUGAGGUUGCCGCUUGGCUUUCAUUCACCUUCAUGACCCAAAGUGUCCCAGCUCUUCUCUUCACCACCGCCGGAUUCGUUCAGAUGGCUAUCUGGGCUAAGCAGAAACAUCGUGCUUACAAGAAAGACUUCAGUGAUUACCCUAAGGGCAGAACUGCUAUUGUUCCUUUCUUAAUCUAA